UCGAGGAGCAACUUUUAGUUCUGAGCAAUGUUAAAAGUUCUGUAGAAAUGUUGCUAAAAUAUCUGGAUAUCCUAGUGUUGCUGAGUUUAAUGCAGUGUUUUGAAAAAUAUACAACUAUACCUUCUUAUCAAGAGAGAGCUGAGCAGUUAAUGAAAACUACUGCCUUGAUUGAUGGACAUAAUGACAUACCGUGGCAGCUGAGGAAGAGAGUGCACAAUGAUCUUUCUGCAAUAGACCUUAAAACAUGGAAUGUUACCCACACCAACAUUGAGAAGCUCCGGGCUGGUCUGAUUGGUGCUCAGUUUUGGGUUGCAUAUGUGCCGUGUAAUACACAGAACAAAGAUGCAGUGCGUCAUGCAUUGGAGCAAAUUGAUGUGAUAAAGAGAAUGGUACAGAUGUUCCCAGAAGAUUUUCAGCUAACAACAACAGCUGAUGGAAUCACAGAAGUAUUUCAUAGUGGUAAAAUAGCCAGCCUUAUUGGUGUGGAAGGUGGACAUGGAAUUGACAACAGUCUCGGAGCUUUGCGCAUGUUCUAUGAACUUGGAGUCCGUUACCUGACAUUAACACAUACUUGUAACACACCAUGGGCAGAUACCAGCAGAGUGGACAGUGGUAGUGUAAAACCCGGUGUCACUGGAUUAUCUGAUUUUGGUAAAAAAGUUGCAGAAGAAAUGAAUCGUCUGGGAAUGCUGAUCGAUCUAUCUCAUGUCUCUGAAGAUACAAUGUUAGCUGCAUUUGAAGUGUCAGCGGCUCCUGUCAUUUUCAGUCAUUCAUCUGCAUUUGCUUUAUGCAACAACUACCGAAAUGUGCAAGAUAAGGUUUUACGUAAGCUGGCAAACAAUUCAGGCAUUGUGAUGGUAAAUUUUUAUCCUGAUUUUAUUUCUUGCAACGGAACUGCCACCCUAUCCCAAGUGGCAGAUCAUCUUGACCACAUUCGAAAUGUGGCUGGUGCAGAUCAUGUAGGCAUCGGGAGUGACUUUGAUGGUUUUGACAGGGGUCCUAUUGGACUAGAAGACGUUUCAAAAUAUCCUGCGUUAAUUGCUGAGCUUCUCCAGCGGAACUGGACUGAAAAAGACAUUAAAAAGCUGCUUGGUUUAAACUUUCUCCGAGUUUUUGAAAAAGCUGAAGAAGUAAGCAGACAGCUUCAGAAAACCAGCAUGCCAUCAAAUUAUGUCAUUGAUCAGGAUAAGGUGCAAAGUCCAUGCAGAACAUCUCUUGGCUAUCCAUCCGCAGCUCCUCACCAUCCUCGUUUCCUUAUUAUCAUUAACACGGUCAUGUUCAUUUUUUCCUUAACAGCAACCAGAAGUUAAAGUAAUAAUCAGAAAGAUGCAAUAUUAGAAAUAAAUUUAUAACAUUAAACAUGUAUAGCAAACAGAAGUUCACAAAAAGACUAUCAUAACUGUACCUCAGGAAAUGAGCUGUGCGAAAAAAUAACCUAUUCAUAUUUCUAAUACCAUAUCAUAGAAUUCACAGUGUGGAAGCAGGGCAUUCAGCCCACACUGACCCUCUGAAAAGCACCCCACCCAAACCCACUCCCCUAACCUAUCCUUCUAACCCUGCAUUUUCCAUAGCUAAUCCAUUUAGCCUGCACAUCCUUGGACAUUAUGGGUAAUUGCAUGACUUUGCUGCAAGACUAGUAAGUAGGCUGAUGUGCUUUAGUAUGUAUCAAUUUCACCUCUGAAUCACAAGACUCUGAGUUCAAGUUACACUCUAGAGUCUUGAGCAAAACUAUCUAGGCUGAGAGCCAGUAUAUACUGAGGAGUGCUGCACUGAUGGAAGUUCAACCAUUUAUGAAUAAGACAUUAAACUGUGGUCUUGCCUGCCUUUGAAGAUGGACACAGAAGAUCCUAAUGACAUUAAUUUGAAAUAGAUAAGUGAGUUAUCCAAUAUAAUGUUCAAUGUUUAUCCCAUGAUCAAACUGCAAAAACAGAUUACCUUAACAGUAUCACAUUUCUACUGGUAACAGCUUGUUGACCACAAAAGGACAAUCAUUUUGCCUAUGUCACAAUACUGUCUAUGUCAAAAUGUACUGCAUUCGCUGUACAGAGUUUUGGAUUUCUGCAGAUUUUGAAAAAUGCAAUGUUAAUGCAAGCUUUGUAUUUACCUUGGUUAAAACUGAAACCAUGUAAUGUCUUGCUUUCAAUUAGCAAAUAAAGAGCAGUGAGAAAGCA